AUGCGGUGCAGCAAGCUAGUCAUGUGCGCACUCAGCAGCACUCAAGCCCUCGACGAGGCACUGGUCCGCAGCGUGCAGUGCUCGAAGCAGGCGCGCAAGGCGCUGGCACGCGGCGACGUGCCGGUCGCGUGGCUCGACGUCACCGCGGCCGACGACGCCGUCGCCGAGCGCCUCGCGCCGCUGCUCGCGGGGCCGGCGCGCUGCGCGCACGACGACGACGCCUUCGAGGCGCACAACGCCCGGACGAAGCGGGAGUUCGUCGAGCUCUUCGCGGGCGACGGCCUCGACCCGGCGAACAACGAGCUCGCGCCGGCCACGGCCGUCGCGGUGGCGCGCGGGCUCGAUCUCGACGCCGCCGACGCGUUCUGCGACCUGGGCUGCUCGGCGGGCGCGCUGACCAUGGCCGUCGCCGUGGCGACGGAGGCCCGGCUCGCGCACGGCGUCGAGCUGAGCCCGCGGGGCACCGAGCGAGCGCUCCUCGCGAAGGAGCGGUGCGGCGACGACCGCGUGGAGUUCUUCCAGGGCGACCUGCGCGACGGCGUCGACCACGCGGCGUACGACGUCUUUUACUGCGGGAUCCGCGGCGUCGCGAGCCGGCCGCGCGUGCUCGGGGACCUCCUCGAGACGCUCUGCGCGCAGGACAAGCCGUACCGCCUCGUCUGCGCCGGGUUUGGCGUCGACAUCCGAGGCCUGUACGGGGAUCGCGUCUCGCUCGUACGCGCCACGGUGCUCCGGCGGGCCGGCGCCGGCGCGAGCUAUGCGGACGCGAUUCCCCUCUACGGCGAGGGCGAGGGGCCGAGGGUGUUGUUGGAGUAUAGUAUUACGUAG